AUGUCUAAGCCCGUAAGACAAGAUUAUAUUGCCAAGGUGAGGUACAUAAAUACCCUUCCACCACCACCUUUAAACCCUAAGUACCUUCAAUACAACACCACAGAGAAAGUCUCAACCAAAGAGGAACUGGAACAAAUUUUGACUUCGUUAUUUAGAAAGCAAAACUUUUUGUCAUUCAUAGAGAAUGUUGAUGAAGAGUUUGGGUUGAAUUUAAACUUGAUAAAUAACCCUGGUGUAUUGAACAACGGAGAUGAACUGAGCAUAUUCGCCUUAUCCAAGAAUGGUGAAAAAUUGGAGCUACACCCAAAGGACAAGGUUUUAUUGAGGGACGCUGGAAUUGGAAAGAUCUCCAAAUCCGAACCUGGUGUUUCUUUCUUGAGAAGAACAGAGUAUAUUUCGGAAGGUAUGGCUGGAGGUUCAUCCGGAUCUGGUGUGACAGCUGCUUCUGCAGCAUCAGGCUCGUCAGAAGCUUCUAAUGCUCAGAAGCCUGACUUACAGUACAACGCUGAAAGUCAACUCAAGGCAGUUGAGACCACUUUCGACCAAGCGCAAGACUCGUUGGAUAACUUUGCCAAAUUGGUGCAUCCAAGAAAGAAGAAUAGAAAGGCUGUGGCUGCAUGGCCACUUUUACCAGACACUUCUAUGUUGGAUACCAAGUUCAUGAAUAUUAAGUUUUCAGGAUCUGCGUCCUUUUCGAAGGAUUUGGAAAUCUUGAAAAGGCAGCAGAGAGACAAGUUUGAUUCGAAGCUCGAAAAGAAGUCUAUCGAAACUGCUAUUUUCAAGCCGAUUACAUCUGCCGAUGGUGAAUGGAUGUCUUUAUACCAAUGCAAGGAGAACAAGGCUAAAGUGGACGAGCUUAAGGAAAAGUUAAACCUGACUGAGAGGGAGCGUCCUGUCAAUUUAUUGGAUGAGGAUGAAAGUGUUGACUUUAAAUUCAAGCACAUCAAGAAUUAUGAUAUGAAUUUCCAAAGAAAUGAUAAGCCAUACGAAGAAUUGGCAAUCAAACUUGUCCCAGAUACGGAAGGCACCAAAAAGCGUAAAUUGGCGUAUUAUUAUCCAAUUGGUGGAAGAAUAGAGUUGAAGAAACAUAGAGUAUCACAGAACACUGAGAUAAAUAGAUUUUUGAAGGACAGUACUAGUGAUCUUAUAAAUUUCAAAUUGAGAGAACCAAACACUGAUGAAAUGAGAAUAAUGGAUAACUUGAGAAGUAGCUUCGAUCCUAUGGAGUACGAAGCAGAAGAAGAUGCCGAACAAGAUGUCGAAGCUGAAGUGGAAGCUGAAGCCUGA